UCGGCCCAUUUGUUAGGCGCACACGACGUGACGUAAACGCGCUUGCUUGUGUAAUUUUUGUCAAACAGCAUAUUUGCUCUGUGGAGAAGGACCGCGUUUUAGCAAGGUUACCAAGGAAGAUUCCUAAAAUGCUGGCUUCACUUGUAGCAAAAAGAUUGGUAGCAGGAAUGUGCCAGGCAGUUUGGAGACCAGCCUUUACAGGGAUGGUCUCAUCUCGAGGUUACAAAGGAGAUGCUCCCGAUGACAACAAAGCUGACCUGAUAGAGGUCCCUCUGCCCCCCUGGAUGGAGAAGACAGAUGAGCCCAUUGACAUCAAGAGACGGCGGCUUCUCUACGAGAGUCGCAAGAGGGGGAUGUUGGAGAACUGCAUAUUGCUCAGCCUUUUUGCAAAGCGGUACCUGAAUACAAUGACUGAUAGCCAGUUGCAGCAGUAUGACAGGCUGAUCAAUGAACCGAGCAACGACUGGGACAUCUACUACUGGGCCACAGAGGCUCAGCCCACACCUGAAGUGUACCAAGGAGAAGUUAUGGAAAUGCUAAAGGAAUUCACAAAAAACAAAAACCAUGAACAGAGAUUAGAUGCACCCAGCUUGGAGUAUCUGGACAAAGAAACCCAGUGAGGUCCUUGACCAUGUGGACACUUGCAGAGACAAAUUGAAGGUGUUAUAAAUACAGGUAACCAUGAGAAAAAAAUGAAAAAGUUGUAAUGUAGUUAAAGAUGCUGGGAAUAGAUUGUCACCUCUACUAGUUUUUUUAUUAUAUGAAAUGAAAUAAAAUUGUGUGCUUUACUCUCUAAUCUGCUUUGUAGACAACUGUCAGUAGAAGAGGAUCAAUAGGAGAUGAAAAUCUGUUAAUGAGACAGAGCAUUCUCCUUGUCAAUAAGAUGAAAAUGAUCUGCAUGAAUUUAUUAUAAAUAUGUGAUUUAUAACUGUAUGUUUAACCUCCUCUUUGUAUGAGAUGGCCAUUAAAAAUUAUAAUAUAUAUGGAAAUAUGGGAAUCAUGGUCUGACUCUGCCUGUAAAUCAUAUUGAGGUAUUUAAUAAACAUUUUGCUGCUCA